GAAAACAAAUACAACAUGGCUGAUGACAACAGAGGAGGAAAGGUCGGGACGGGAGAGAGCAAGGAAGCCGGUGAGGUUCGAUACCGGGGAGUAAGGAGACGGCCGUGGGGGAAGUUUGCGGCGGAGAUUCGCGACUCGAAUAGGCACGGGCAGCGUAUUUGGCUAGGGACUUUCAACACUGCGGAAGAAGCGGCUAGAGCUUAUGAUAGAGCUGCGUAUGCCAUGAGGGGAGGCCUGGCCAUUUUGAAUUUUCCUAAUGAGUAUCCUUCUGGGACUUCUGUUGGUUCUUCGUCUUCAAUGCAAGCUGGGAAUAAUCAAGUUCUGGAACUGGAGUACUUGGAUGAUGGGCUGCUGGAGGAACUGCUUGAUUUUGAAGAAACGAAGAGCAAGAAGAAGUGAUGAGUAUUCUCUGUUAGCUGUUGCGUGAUUCCAAGUCUGUUUAUUGGUGCAACUUGCCUAAUUGUGCAGUUCCUCUAUCUCCUCCGCAUUUCUUCAUGCCAUUCCAGGAGGAGACCAGAAUACAAUCUCGAUCGAUAGCCCG